CCCCACUAAUUUGGUUGUCAAAAUUUCAUCACUAAUCGCCAGACACAAUUGUGGAUCCAAUAUUUGCUCCAGUUUGUUCAGAGCGCACAUAAUGGGUAUUAUACGGAAAGUAACAGGUGCACCUUCUCCACCAACGUUACCCCCAAGAUGUGACGGAACCAAACCCGUGCAGUGGUUAGCUAUGGUAUGUGAGUAUUUCCAGUUUUAUGACGUCCCUUUAGUUGAUCGUUUGAACCGUGUGGCAUCAAUGUUAGAGGGCUAUGCAUUGGCUUGGUUUAAUUGGCGUAUGCGUGGUGGCUUAAUUGAUGGUUGGACGGAUUUUGUUGAAAAGUUCAAGAUUCGAUUUGCUCCGCUACAUGAUUUGGAUUAUAUUUGUUUUGAGAAGACACCAAAGAAUGUUAUAGACAAAUUUGUUCACAAGGUGGAAGACACCACCACACUACCUACCCCGACUAUGGAGGAUGCACUUGGAGCAACGAAACUCUGCACUAGACCACGUGGUGAAGAUGAGGUGAGCAGUGUAUUUGAAGCCAUGAAUGAAGAUAACGGGAAGCCCAACACUGUGGAAGUAAUUGAUGAUGAUCAUAAGCAUGCAGAUGUUGCUAAGAACUACAAGCCAGAUCCUACUUUUCAGGAUAUUGAUACCUCGCUUGAUGUGGUCAUUUCAGAGUAUAAAGUUUCAAGAUCUCCCUUGCGAGUAGUCCGCUACCUGUUUGGUUUUGCCUCAACUAUCCUCUGCUCCGCUUCAACUGUUGAGAUUUGUAAUGAUGGGUCGCCAGGGGGAGAUCUUCUUUGGCUCAACCAUUUCCCUUUUGUCCAGAAGCAUGAGUGGGAGCCUCCACCUUGAGGACAAGGUAAGUGCUGAACCAGUAAGAGGUCUCAACCAUUAAGAGCUAGUAUAUUGCUUAACUAUUCAGAGGCAAAUGUCUGAGCAAUUCAGAUAAGAGGUCUUAACCAUUCAGACUCUGUAUAAUACUUAACCAUUCAGAGGCAAAUCUCUUAACCAUUCAGACAUCUGAACCAUUAAGAGGCUGAAACAAACAGUCUGAACCAUUAAGUGCUGAACCAUUCAGACAUCUGAACCAUUAAGAGGCUGAAACAAACAG